GAUAGAGGAGGACUCGGGUCCCGACUCGACUCGGUCCUCCACCCGCCCCGGGAAUACCUCUAGUUCUCCCUGGCCGCCGCCGCCCCGCUGCUUCCUCUUCUACCCUCCCGCCGACCUCCUUCGGGCGUCCUCACUCGCCUCGGGACUAUGCUUUUCUCGGGAGCCUCCAUCUAGGCGCAUGGCUCCAUGAAGCAGGAGGAAGAGAAGGCAGAGCGCGAGAGGUCCCGUCCGCCCCGGCCGCGUCUGGGUCAGGAGAGAAGGUAUUGGAAGAAGGAAUGGAAUUGGAAGAAAGAAGAUUCAUUCCAGAGACAAAAUAGCUUCCCUUUCCUAUUGUAGCUGUUUCCUCUGGGAUUAUAAACUUUCUGCUUUCAAGUUCUGCAGCAUUCCAGAUCAAGAACACCAAAUCAGGAUGGGAAAAAGACGCUGUGUUCCUCCCCUUGAGCCCAAGUUGGCAGCAGGCUGUUGUGGGGUCAAGAAGCCCAAAUUAUCUGGAAGUGGAACACACAGUCACGGGAACCAGUCCACAACUGUUCCUGGCUCAAGUUCAGGACCUCUUCAAAACCACCAGCAUGUGGACAGCAGCAGUGGUCGAGAGAAUGUAUCGGACUUAACUCUGGGACCUGGAAACUCUCCUAUUACACGAAUGAAUCCUGCAUCCGGAGCCCUGAGCCCUCUCCCCCGGCCCAAUGGAACUGCCAAUACCACUAAGAACCUGGUGGUGACUGCAGAAAUGUGCUGCUACUGCUUUGAUGUACUCUACUGUCACCUCUAUGGCUUUCCACAGCCACGACUUCCUAGAUUCACCAAUGACCCCUAUCCUCUCUUUGUGACCUGGAAGACAGGGCGAGACAAGCGGCUUCGUGGCUGCAUUGGGACCUUCUCAGCCAUGAAUCUUCAUUCAGGACUCAGGGAAUACACGUUAACCAGUGCACUUAAGGACAGCCGAUUCCCCCCCCUGACCCGAGAGGAGCUGCCCAAACUUUUCUGUUCUGUCUCCCUCCUUACUAACUUUGAAGAUGCCAGUGACUACCUGGACUGGGAGGUAGGGGUCCAUGGGAUUCGGAUUGAAUUCAUCAAUGAAAAAGGCAUCAAACGCACAGCCACUUAUUUACCUGAGGUUGCUAAGGAACAAGACUGGGAUCAGAUCCAGACAAUAGACUCCUUGCUCAGGAAAGGUGGUUUUAAGGCUCCAAUUACCAGUGAAUUCAGAAAAUCAAUCAAACUCACAAGAGCAAAGCCAAAGUGCUAUGAAUUCUGUUCUGAUGACCCCGUGAUAUGGCAUAUUCAUCUGGGGAUUGAGACCUUCCUAUAGCCAAGGAUCCAUUAACCUGCUUCAUCAGAAUUUGACUCAGAAUUAGGUAUCGAAGUGAGAAGGUGACAAUCAGUUAUGCAGAGUAUAUUGCUUCUCGACAGCACUGUUUCCAGAAUGGCACUCUUCAUGCCCCGCCCCUCUACAAUCAUUACUCCUGACACACGGCUACAUGACCAGUCUCACCCCCCUGUGGCCACCAAUGGCUAUGACAUCAUUGGAGCAGAUGCCUCCUCUUCCUGGUCCAGUUACUUCUAUUACUGCACCAUUUUAUGAUGCUAGCUUCCGUUGCCAAGUCUGCCUCCUGCUGACUGGAGGGUGUGGGGAUACAUUGAAUGCAACAGAACAUGAGGGGCCCAAGCCUUAUAUCAGCCUUUACUCAAUCUGGGGUUCUGUUGGACCAGGGCUCCCCAAUAACCAGUGAGAACGGCUGUGUGGGUUCAGAAGACCUGGUGAUUUUCUACAUGUGUUGGCCACACACUGAAAACUGGAAUAGACAGUGAUCCAUGGAGGCUUCUUCCCCAAUCCCCCACAGCCCACCAGAUUAAUUAGGUGUACUCCCUGGCAGUCUGGGCAACGGAGACCAACAUGAACCACUUUUAGGUUGUUUUAAAUUCUUUUUUAAACUUCCAGUUUAUUGUGUACCAAGAGUUGAUCCACAACCUCCAUGCUUCAUAAGUGAAACACCAUGUUAGGGUUGGAUGUGGGUACCAUGAGCCCCUGUGAGUCCUGGACAAGAUUCUCAUACCAAGAUCAGAAGUCCUGUGGAUGACAUUUCAUUGUGCAGUAAGCUGUGAAGGUUUUCAUGCUUACCUGACUCUCAGCGGACAUUCUGGUACUCUUCCUGCAUUGAGUCUCCUGGUGUUGAACAGAGCUCUGUGGCAUAGCCUGCUGAGGAAUGGAAUGGAGAUGCCCAUAGAGGUCCUAAUAUCAUCGUUGUAAGCAGGUGUAAAGGAGAGAUCUCUUCCUCACCACCCGGCUACCUCAACUCUUUUCUGGUAGCAGUGCCUAUGUAGCUGCAUCUAGGUUCUCAGAAGCACAGACAUGUAAACAGGUGGUUGGGUUGGGCUUUAGGACAUACUGUCACAGGAGAGCUUCCAGGGUCUCUGAGCUGGUUUUCUUCACAGGCAAACAUCCUGAGGGACCUUUUAAUAGGGGAGUUCUUUUUUCUGAUUUGCCUGCAAAAGUAGGAAGACUUGAUAUAUCAGUCCUCGAUAGGACUCUAGAACAAUGCUGUGUAAUAAAACAAGGUGAACCUUUAACUUGCCUACCAUACUGGGACUCUUCACCUCACCAGUGCUAAUGUCCACACUGUUCGUGUUGCUCAUUUCAACUCUUGACAUUCCCUCUCCCAUCUUUACUCAUUCCAAAAUAGCUGUUAGCAAAUUCUUUUGGUGGCAAAACGGAUAGCACUAGGAAACUAGGGAGGUGCUUUGAAAGCUCCUUCUCAAAGGCACCGCUCAGGCAACUCAGAGGAAGCGGCCAGCUUGAAGAGGUCAUCAUCCUGAGGAUGACGCACUGGUUUUUAGCAACUGUAUAGAACUCAUGAGGCAGAUGUGGCCUCAACUUGGUGAACAUAUGUUUUGAUUUCUUUGUCAGAGUAGAUGUGAUGGUCUGGCUUUCCAAAAUGGGCAAACAUUCAAGUCCUAAGAUCUGAGUUUCUUGUGCCAGGAAUGGAGGAGGGAAAGACAGCUACUUCCUAUGUGCUAUUCUAGGCAUCACUUCAAAGGUCCUCGGUGUUUUUGUUUUAAAACUUGGCAAAGGUUGUACCAGGAAUGAUCCCAGACCUUGAAUGGAUGAGGGAAGUGCUGAUGACAUUGGAAUGCCCCUUACUGCCAGGUUGGGUUCCUUCACAUGCAUAGGAUGAAGGGGUCUCAUGCUGCUGAGGAGAAUGAAGGCUGUUAUUGACAUGUGGCAGCAGGUGCUCUCAGGUGCCAUGGAUUGAUGCAGGGUGCUCAGCUCUGGACUGAGCUACCCACCUCCAAUUUGUAAAACAGUAUUGAUACAUAGGGCUACACUCAUUACUGUUCAAGCGUUCUAUGUUAAGAGUUGUUUAAUUUCUAAAGAUUUAAAGCAAAAUGCAAAAAAAAAAAAAAAAAAAAAAAAAAAAUGGUGCUAAACUUCACCCCUGAGCACUCAGUGAGACUGGUCAUGCAAGCAUCUACAGUGCCAUGCUCCUCAAGCCUGUUUUUCUUGUAGAAAUGUUGCCCUAUCUUGUCUUCCCCAAUGUAUAGUUAUGUAUUAUUUUGAGGGUGGGGUCGAAUACCUGCCAUUAAGAAAAUGAACAGAAAGACCCAAAAAGGUGGGGGUAGGGGAAUCAGUAAAUAAGAAUCCAGCUGGCAAAGCCCAGCAUCACACUGAAGUGGGCUCAGUGGUUUCAGAGUGAAGAAGCCUUACUCCCUGCACAUUCCCUCAUGUUCCCAUAGUAGUCAGCAGUACAAAAGUUCCUUCUGCCUUGUCAAGGAGACAAGGCAGAAAUUGGCUCUAUUGGUGUCAGUCCUGACCGGAGCAUUCACAAGUUGGCUCAGUCUUGGUCACCUCAUGGGAACAUGUGGCAGAUAGCUCUCAGGAAAAAGCAGUUGUGGAUUGUCCACAUGGGGGCUUAGUGUAGGGAGGUAAUGCUCUGAAUUAGGACUGAGCUGCCUUCUACACAUUGACCAAAGCAGUGAUAAGGGUGGCCAGUAUGGGGCCAGUUAGUGGUGGUAGUGGAAAGGGACCGUUUCCUGCCCUGUUUCCUUUAGCGAUAGGCUGCUCAAACUAACAGAGGUCCCCACUGUUUUCAAAGAACCAGCCGAACUCUACUGGCUUGGUUUGGAAUUUGUUUCAUCCCUAGCUGUGAGUGCCUUUUGGUCUGGAAAGUUGGCUUGUCUCAUCAUACCCACAGCUAGGACAUAUACUCUGUAAUUAUGAAUUGUCCUUGUUUUCCUGAGCUAAAAGUGAAUGUCUUUGAUCACUAUUAGAGUUUUGUCAGUGUUGGGUUGUUUCCACUGUGAGGUUCUUAAAAAUGUUUUCGCUUCAUAAUGUUAAAAUAAUUCAUGUUAGAAACCCUUUACAGAUGAAGGGUUUGUAGUUGAGACAUUACAUAUAUUUUGCUGUUUAUAAUAAAAAAUCAUCUAUACAAAAGUCUUGGGUGUUAAUUUUAAUAUUUUGAGCAAAAUCUGUUGCCAUGCUAUGUUAACAUUUACAACUCAUGGUGUUAACUUUCCAUUGAGAUUUCUGAAGCCUAAAAAACUGUUCUUUGUGUUUUUAUUUUUUGGUUUCCCUGAAGAGACUGUAUGGCCUUCACUGCAAAGACUUCAGACCAAUUAUUUGUAUUACACUUGGUUGCCUCUUGGCUAUAUAACUUCUGAGUACAAGUCAUCAGAGUCCUGAAUGAAGUAUUGUAGAGAAUAAAUCAUAAUGGAUUAAAAA